AUGAAUGCAUCGCAUGGAGGAAAUGAUUCUCGCACUCUAUUGAGUCAGAAUGGCGAAAAGCAAACUGGUGGUGAUGCCGAUGCGAUCACUGCUUCGUCGGCCAAAACUGCACCCGAUCUGAGCCGAUUAAACGAAGCAGAGCAGGAAAAGUCAGAUGUGAGGGUUGAUGAAGAGAAUAAUGCUGUGGAUAUACAGCCAAAGGAGUCCAAGCAAACGGACGCCCCAUCAGCAACAGCCGAUGUUCCGUAUUGCAUUCUGCCGGAACGCCAAAAGAUCUUUCUAAUGAUGCUUUGCUCCUUUGCCGCAAUGAUUUCACCCAUUUCGAGCAGUAUCUACUUCCUGGCUCUGAACAGCAUUGGGAAUGAUCUGGGGGUGUCAACUAAUAAGAUGAACCUUUAUAUCACGAUGUUCUUGAUCUUUCAAGGAAUAGCUCCAUCCUUCAUUGCAAAUUUGUUUACCCGUGCAGAAAGAGGGAAAUAG